CACGACUACCGCCCAGAGAGCCGUGCGCACAGCUGCCAGCAUUCCGAAAGAAAAGCGCGAAGCGUGGGCAAGUUCCUGGCUAUUGACUGCGAAAUGGUUGGCGCUGGAUUUAAAGGCUCGAGGUCGAUGCUCGCGCGCGUGUCCAUUGUCAACUACUACGGCCAUGUGGUUCUCGACACAUUUGUUAAGCCGACCGAGGCCGUGACUGAUUACCGCACGUGGGUGUCUGGCGUGCGCAAAUCGGACUUGGCCAAGGGCCGCCAUUCAAGGAGGUCCAGGAGCAGGUCGCUGAACUCGUCAAGGACCGCGUUCUCGUCGGCCAUGCCAUUGGCAAUGAUCUUGGUGCACUGCUGCUCACUCACCCGUCGCUGUUGAUCCGCGACACAUCGAGGUAUGCAGGGUUCCGCAAGCUCAACAAUGGGUCUGCGCCAGGCCUGCGUAAGCUGGCAGCCUCUGUGCUUAACAUCAACAUUCAGGAGGGCGAGCACUCGUCGGUACUGAUGCCAAGACCACGAUGCUGCUGUACCGCAAGGUCAAGGAUUUGUGGGAG